UAUAAUCGGACAUACAAUUCGAAUUCCGUAGGCAUCAGACAGUUACGGCGAUUCGUCACAACUUGCAGUGCAGCGAUGUACUAUUAGGUAUACCAUUAUAACAUUGUAAUAAAAUAUUUUAAUCGACGAAUGCGUCUUUAAUUUAUGAAAAUAUUUGAGUGGUCAUUGGAUUUAUAGAUUUCAAAAUGAAAAAGACUAUGUUCAAAGUCUUUGCGUCAUGCAUCGUGGUAGUAUGCCUCACGUCAUCAGUAUCCUCGAGGGUUACUCCUCCGGUUCUGGAGUCGAUUGCAGUUACGAUCGACGAGAACCCGAUCAUAGAGGAACACCUGAACAAACAACACGAACAACAUGAAAACCUUGUUGGGCUGAAUGCUGUGGAUCUCAAACCUUACGAUUUCAAGUUAAUUGCAAAUGAAGAGUUGUGGAAACUGGCGAUAACGGCAGAUAAACCGAUGGUGUCACCGAGAUUUUACCGACAGCGUAGAACUUUCGACCCCGAAUUAGAAGAACGCCUAAGGAAAGAGAUCGAGGACGACAACAGAACUCUUACUAUUCCUUUUAAAUUGAAUGACACUGUUCCUGUAAUCCCGCCAAACUCGAAUGAUCUUGAGAAAUCUCAAGAGCAGGAAAAAGAACAUUCCUAUGAGCUCCCAGAGCCACAGGAUUCUUCCGAGAAUGAUAAUCCACAAGAGUCAAACAAAUCCACCGGUCCACAAGAGUCCAACGAAUCCACCGGUCCACAAAAGUCCAACGAAUCUACCGGUCCACAAGAGUCCAACGAAUCCACCGGUCCACAAGAGUCCAACGAAUCCACCGGUCCACAAAAGUCCAACGAAUCUACCGGUCCACAAGAGUCCAACGAAUCCACCGGUCCACAAGAGUCCAACGAAUCCACCGGUCCACAAAAGUCCAACGAAUCUACCGGUCCACAAGAGUUCAACGAAUCUACCGGUCCACAAGAGUCCAACGAAUCCACCGGUCCACAAGAGUCCAACGAAUCCACUGGUCCACAAGAGUCCAACGAAUCCAGCGGUCCACAAGAGUUCAAUGAGCCCGGCGAUCCACAAGGAUCCUACGAGUCCAAUGAUGUGGAAGAGUCCGAAGAGAACACCGACGAUUCUUCUUCCCUUGACAACGAUGACAAUAAUACAAAUAGGUUAGGACCUAGCCCUCCGCUUCUAAAAACACAAUUUUAACAACUAUAUAUAAUCCAUAAAUUAUUAUAAUAUGCACUUUUUAGAUUGUUAUCUUGAUUAUAAUUAACUUAAUUUUAAUAAUAAUAAUCGGCCGUUGGAUAAAAUGCUUUACCCAUAGUAUUAAUAAUUUUUAUAUUUUAUUAAUAAAUUAACCAUUUUUAAAGAUUAAUUUAAUUUUCUAUGCAUUUUAUAUUAUACAUUCCAAUUAAAUGUCUUGUAGUUUAUAUUAAAAGUAAGAACUUUUUUUAUUAUUGUCUGCGGGAUUCGUUAAACCUAAUAUGCAUUCUUGAUUUAAUAGCAUGGAAAAUAUAUAAUUUUUAAUUUAUUAUUACAUCUUGAAGUGAGAAUUCAAAAUGUUUUGUUAGUAACCGCCAGGCCCGGAUUAUAUCUGUUUGUAGCCUUGGAGCCAAAUUUUUUAAAACAAUUUUUUUUAUUAUAAUCAAAAUAAAAACUUAAUAAAAAUAAAACUACAGUUCCUUAAAUUAA